UCUUAUUCUAAUUUAUUCAGUUCACCUAUCGAACCGCUUAUCUGUCGCCUAUCUAAGCAGUAAACAAUACCAAUGACGAAAGUUGAGGACGUUCGCGCGGCGCCUAUGGCACACACGGGCAUGCUCGUUACGAAAACAGCUCACAAGACACCGGCGCCAGCUCUGGAUCCUCACAAAGUCACUUUGCCGAGGCCGUUUGUGGUUGCAAUCACAGGAAGCGGCCGUGGCCUGGGGGAGGGGUACGCAAAGGCAUACGCACAGGCAGGAGCCAGCGGGAUUGUGCUCGCAGCACGUUCAGAGGACGAGCUCCAAGCUGUAGCCCAUGACAUAUCAGAGAUCGUCCGGGAAAUGGAUGGUGAGACGCAAAUCAGUACUGUAAAAUGCGACGUCACUGUCGAGGAAGACGUCAAGAAUUUGGAGAAGGUUAUUAAGGAAGAACACGGCCGGCUUGACGUUCUGGUCAACAAUGCGGGCUUCUUGGAUGUCGCGGGGUGGAAACCAAUCACCGAAGGUAACCCUGAAGAUUUCAAGAAGACGUUCGAUGUCAAUAUUUAUGGAGUUUAUCUGGUGACUCGGACACUUCUUCCCCUACUGCUCGGUUCUGACGGAGGUGCGAAGACGGUAGUUGGGAUAAGCAGCAUGUCCUCUCAUUUUGCGAGCUAUUCCAUCAGUUACAGCAUGUCAAAGCUGGCCCUGAAUCGAUUUAUCGAGUUUCUAGAUAAGGAGUACGGAAAAGAAGGGCUCGUAGCGCACGCACUUCAUCCAGUAGGUGUGCGGACGAAGAUGAGCACGUCAGAUGCAGUACCUACGGAUCUCUAGAAAUUCCUUCAGCAUGAUACGUCUCUGUCUGCAUGGUUUCUUGUGUGGUUGACGAAAGAAAAGAGGGAUUGGCUGAGUGGUAGAUGGUUGGCUUCGACGUGGGAUGUGGAACAGCUGGAGGCACAGAAAGAAGACAUCGUGAAGGAAGACAAGUUCAAGUUCAGAAUGGUUGUUUGAGAGUUGAGUGGGCUUGAGAUGAAAGUAGAGGCAGACAGUGAUGGGCUCUAGAUUUCUCAUCCAUUGUAUUCUAUUACGGAUGAACCAAGUCCGUUAGUCGCCAAUGUUACAGGUCUAGGACAUUAUUAGUUUGGGCCCUUCCCUGGCACUGCCUAGGGUGCCCCGAUAGGCUUUUGAUACUCCAACUACAACGU